AUGGCUAGUGGCAAUACACUUCACUUCGACCCAGAUCUUCACCGAGACGAUACUCUAAAAGCGUUUAAUGACUUUAUACAAUCAUUCUACCUACGCUACGAAGCACAAUACCCUGAUCCACCAAAAGUGUCUAUUGACGCUGCAAUUGAACGAUGGAAACUAGCCAACGAAGAAGCCAAACCAACUCUGGAACAAUACGAUACGCUCAGGAAUGAGUGGAGAUCAAAAGAUCGAGUUGCAAAAUUUCUUGGAAUGUUCUCUUCGAGACGAAUGUACGCGGAUUGGCAAGUUGCCGAACCCGAUGUAACAAAAAGAGCACAGGCGACAUGGGAGUAUUUCGUUGCCCAAAUCCAAGCAUAUUAUAAGCCAACAGAAAACCUUACACUUAAGAAUCACAAGUUUCGCACACUUACUCAAGCUACACAAGAGGCAUUCCCUGCUUUCUGUAAUCGUGUGUACAAAGAAGCCCAACACUGCAACUUCAAAUGCCAAAAUGAUGACUGCACGGCAGAAGAUACAGCAAUACGAGAUCAGAUAAUUAUCGGGACAAUCCAUGACAAGAUCAGAGAAGAAGCCCUCAAGAACUCUUGGGACUUACCAAAACUACGCAAAGAAGGAAUGCAAAUCGAAAGUGCAACUAAAGGGGUUAAUGAGUUAAAUAAUGAGAACCCAAUUAACAAAAUGGGGAAAUAUUCUUAUAAAAACUUGAAAAAGAAACAGCAAACAGGAAAACCACGAGCAUGCUACUACUGCGGACAAGACAUCAAAGCAUCUAUAAUAGAACAUGUCAAAACCUGUAGAGCGAAAACCAGCAAAUGCAAUUUCUGCGAUACAAUUGGACAUUACGAGUCUGUUUGCAGAAAAAAGAAAGCUGUCAGAGAACUGACAACCAUCCACCCAGAAUCACAACCUCGACAUGAGGAAGAUGCCGAAGACUCUGGUAUCUACAACAUCAACAUCUUUAGAGUCACCGAUAAUAACCCAUACCAACAACACCAUACCAGUCUAAGAAUGAAGGAAGAUUUCAAAGUGCAAGUCAUUGUCAACAAUAGCCUUGCUACUGUCUUAGCAGACACUGGGGCAAGUAUUAGUGUUUGCGGAAAGGCAGAAGCCAAACGAUGGAAUCUUCUUUCGAGAAUGGUCAAAACCCAAGCUAAAAUCAAACCAUACAACAGCCCACCCAUACCAAUAUCUGGCACCACCAAAUGCGCCGUAACGUUCGGAAAUUCAUCCAUCCCAGUAGAAUGGCACAUUAUCGACAACCCCUGCGAACCGGUACUUGCAGGACGAAUCGCAGAAGAGCUCGGUAUCAUAAAGUUUGACGCCAAACCAACAGUUUUUCAACCUGUACAAAUGAUACACUCGACUGACAAUAAAGAAACACUGCAAAACAUUUUGCAACAGUUCCCACAAAAUUUCGAAGGCUUGGGGAAGUUGAAGAACCACCAAGUCAAGCUACAUGUAGACACCAGCAUCAAGCCAGUCACCACACCUGCCAGACCAGUGCCAUACCACCUGAAAGAACGGGUCACAAAAGAAAUCGAAAAGAUGAUUAAACAAGACGUAAUCGAGGAACACCCAGCCACCAAACCAGCUCCAUGGAUCUCCAAUGCCGUGAUAGCGCCGAAAGCUGACGGAGCAAUACGUAUGACACUUGACGCUCGUAACGUCAACAAAGCCAUACAAUCGUCCAACUUACCCAUCCCCCGGCAAGAAGACAUCAAAGCCAAGCUCAGUGGAGCAAGUGUGUUUUCAAAGAUGGAUUUCAAAUCGGCUUUCUGGCAACUAGAACUGCACCCGGACUCGAGAUAUUUGACAGUCUUCCACGCAAAUGACAAACUAUACCGAUAUAAACGUCUCACCAUGGGAGUAAAGCCUGCACAAGGAGAACUUAAUAUGGCUCUUCAACCUUUGUUUGCAAACAUCCCCCAAGCACACCUUAUCCAUGAUGACCUAAUCGUGGCAACCACAACAAACGCAGAACACAACGAAGCAAUCGAAGCCGUCAUGAACGCCAUAUCAAACGCCGGUAUUACACUAAACCCGGAUAAGUGCACGUUCGGAGUACCAGAAAUCGGAUUCUGGGGCCUACGUAUUGGAUCAGACGGCGUACGACCCGAUCCUGCCAAAGUUGAAGCUCUUGACCAUAUGACACCACCACAAUCCAAGGAAGAGUUGACCAGUUUCCUGUGUAUGAUGCAGUCUAACUCAGAUUUCAUCCCCAACUUCGCUCAGUUAGCGGCUAAACUGAGAGAAUUAACGAAGAAACACGCCAGAUUCGUGUGGAACACAGAAUACCAAACAGCCUACGAAGUCCUGAUUGCGAGAUUCAAGCAAAACACGCUGCUUCAAUACUUCGAGAUGAGUACACAAACGUUUCUAUUUACGGAUGCACACCAGACAGGGCUCGGGGCGAUGUUAGCACAAGGAGACAGCAUCGAGAACGCACGACCAGUGGCGAUAGCAUCGAGAACGACCAACGCAGCAAAGCAAAGAUAUCCGCAAAUUGACUUGGAGGCACUCGCAAUCGAUUUUGCUUUGUGA